GGGACAUUAAAUGAAAAUCUUUCGACGCCGCAUUAACCGGCUUCACGAGCCGAGCACUAGAAAUCGUAAGAAACUUGAACAGGCGAUUUAGAAUUUAUCGUCCGGCAUAUUCGUAUUCGAGUAUUCCAUUGGCCGGAGAUAGUGGGAAAGCAGUGCCGCAUUUUCAGAGAGCAUCGAACCAAGCGUCAAAUAUCUGUGACGAGCUCUACUUUCGACAGAAUAAACUUUAUUGAAAUUGGUAUGAUACUAAUGUAUCUUCUGAAUAACGUUCGUUAUAUGCCAUGGUAUUCCUGUGUUAUGUAAUUGUAACAUAGGGCGUUGGUGGGUAGUGUAGAAGUUAGUACGCAUUGGGCACUAAAAUGGAUUCAAACGUGGUCCUGUUUCACCCCAGCAUGCCGACGGGUUCUAAACGCGUUCAAGCACGGCGGAAACGGCCAAAGCCGGCAACGCCGCGAGCUGAUUUACCGACGCAAGCGUCGUGGCGCCGACGCGGACCGGCUCGGACACGUCCCGGACCGUGCGGAGGGGCAUCGGGGAUUCGCCGGUCCGUCCGGUCCGAGCUUAGCCAAGAUGGCCGCCGGUUCUCGAUGCGUACGGAACCAGUUCCGUAGGGAACCGGUUUGGAACUAGUUCUCUUCGAUUUUUCGGCCCCCCGCGAGCAAGCGGUGGCCGCGAUCGGCACUCAUCGGGCGUCGCUCGCGACGGAACCAGGCCCCGUGUAACGUCGGCCACUGCAAAUGGCGGAGAACAAGAAGGUGAAUGGAGCUACACUAGAAACCCAGAUGGAGAUCAAAGUGGAGCCAGCCAUGCAAUGUUACAUCGAAGAUGAUAAUGAAAAUGGGUUCCCUGGCUUUGAGAAUACUAAUACCAUACCUUCAAGUGCAGAUGUCGGAGCACUCAAUUUAUGGACGAGUAAAGCUACGACGUGCCUUAUUACGCAGUACAAAAAAUAUCGCUCAAUGGUAGGGCAGUCCACGCAGAUUCGGAGCCUGCGUGAGAUGUUUGAGAUGAUUUCCUUAGAGAUGCAGAAAUUCGGAUUUUACUUCAGCCCUCAAAAGUGCGAGAAUAAGUGGAGAGUUUUGGAGCGUAAGUAUAAGAACCUUGUAUUUAGAGAGAGAUUAAAAAAGCCGGGCAGAAUGCGACAUUAUGGACAUUGGGAGCACAAGAGAGCACUGGAUGAAAUAUUUAAUGAAAAAAAGAGACAUAUGUACUUGGAUGAAAGUGAUUUUCCACCUCCCAGUGGCUCUGCCAAAUUUGCCAUCAUUUUGCCAAAACCAUCGGAUGAACAAAGUAAUAACACGGCAUCGAAUAGAGGGAAUGACGAUCCUUUGGCUUGUUUAGCAACUGAUGUUUCUGCAGGCAGGAAAUUAGAUGAAGUGCAAGAUCAUAAAGGGCCCUUGACGAUACUAUUUGAAAAGUUUCUCGAAGAGAUGACAAAAAAUUUUGCUCUUGCUGAACGGAACAAAGAAAGAAGGCAUAAAGAGGAAAUGUCGAUGCGCCAAAGCGAACUAGAAGUACAAAAAAAGCUUUUAAAGUUAAAAGAGCAGAAAAUGGAGCUCCAAAAAUGCCAAAUUGUUGCUUCAGCCCAGCAUUUGCACUUAAACAUGCAGUGAUUACAUCUGAACUAUUUGUGAUGAAUUGGUUUUAUGCCAUGCCUAGACGGUUCACCUUCUAUGGUUAGCACGUGUUUGCAGUCACGAUUAGUAUAGAUUAUAUUUCUUCGUAAACAGAAGUACCAAUAUUUAAAUGAAUGUGUAUAUUAUUUUUAAAAAAACUUUAAUAAAUCGGUUUUGUACUAA